UGCCGCAUCAUAAAGGUGAUGAAAUUCUGGUAGGUCGAGGCGAAUUCGCGUUGGCAGAGGCGUUGGCUACAAAUGAGAAAGCGGUGAGUAGGGCAGCCGCUGAUGUAGUAACAGGACUAUUAGUCAAACUUAGAACUUAGCUCUCUCAUGGUAUACCCCGAGACCAUCAUAGAGGCGACAAACAUAUUCGCCGAAACUAGAUGAAUAGCGCCGUCGUCCCGUCUUCGGUCCGCCUCAUCUAUGACCUCGGAUCGGUUGUACCAAAGGUACAUCUCUUCUCUUUCCCGCACCACAUUCCUCUCGUUUCCAUCCUCAAACUCCCUCCACCACAAUGAUACAAUUACAGCGGCUAGGCUUGUUGACCGUGGCGCCUGGCUUCCUUUCUAUGGCUGCCGCCGUUGAUUACGACGUGCUUGUCGUCGGCGGAGGUUCCAGUGGCACUCACGCUGCCAUCCGGCUGCAGCAGUCAGGAAAAUCGGUUGCGCUCAUUGAGAAAGAGUGCCGGCUGGGUGGACACACCAACACCUACAAGGAUACGGCGACCGGCGAGACUUUCGAUUACGGCACGCAAGUCCUAGUCAAUACCACCACCGUUCGACACUUGUUCGACUCCCUCAACAUUCCCCUCGCUCCUUUCAAGCCCGGUGGCCAGCCCAAGGCAGUUGACUUCCAGAAUUCUGUCGUCGGGCCCUCAUGGCCCGUCGUCGACGCUAACGCCUCUGCUGUAGCGCUGGACAAGUACCAGGCUCUUCUCACGCAGUAUCCAGACAACUUCUUCCGCGGAUACCACCUCCCUGACCCCGUUCCGGAGGACCUAUUGAUGCCCUGGGGUGACUUCUUACGGAAAUAUGAUCUAAGUGCGCUGGCAUAUGAUGGCUUCUUGCAAUUCCAAGGAAUGGGCAACAUCCUUGCCCAGCCUACCCUCUACGUGAUGAAGCUCUUCAAUCCCAUGCAAGUCUCAGCCCGCAAAGACAAGACCAAAGUCUCGCAAGCAAAUCACAACCAGCAAGCGCUCUGGGAUGCCGCAGAACAGAAGCUCGGGAUGGGUAACAGUUCUGUCGUGAAAUGCGCCAAAAUCAAAUCCAUCACACGCAGCCCGUCUUGCGUCACCCUGAUCGCCCAGACUCCAUCGGGUACCCAAACUAUUCGGGCAAAGAAACUACUCAUGACCAUCCCCCCUAAAGUCGCCCUCCUCGACCAGUUCCUUGACUUGAACACGGAAGAAACCGACCUGUUCUCUCGCUUCAACAGCAGCGGGUAUUGGAACGCAGUCGUGGCCAACACUGGUUUCCCUCAGGGCGUCUCUCUCUACAACUACGACGCAAAAGCCGCCUUCGGCAUCCCUGGGCUACCCGGCGCAUACUAUUUCACCGCCGAAAUCGACAACCUCUACUCAGUGCAAUACUCCACUCCCAUGGAAGCCUCGGACGAUUACUUCACGUCCGAUAUUCUCGCCACAGUCCAGAGCAUCCGCAAUGCGCUCGAUAUGCCUCCUGCCAAUCAAUCUGCGACGAUAAAAGCUAGCAACAAUCACUCUCCCUUCGCCUUGUCGGUCUCGGUGGAUGAGAUCAAAAACGGCUUCUACAAGCGUUUCGUGGCUCUGCAAGGCACGACGAAUACCUUUUGGACGGGAGCGAAUUGGGCUUCGGGGAGUUCGAGUACCAUUUGGGAUUUCACUGAGGUGGAGGUUUUGCCUGCUAUUCUCAAAAGUUUGGAGUGAGCCAGGGCGUUUAGAGGGUUUGACAUUAUUGUUGUAGCCUG